CGGAAAGAACAAGACAAAGUUUAGUAAAGCAAAGAUCUGAAAUUAUUUUAAUAAUUCUAGAGAGAGAGAGAGAGAGAAGAAAUGGAACUAUUGUCGCCGUCCGGAGGGAAAACAGCCAGAUACUAGUGUGUCAGUGUCUGCGAUCGGAGGAAGAUUUCGCAUUCGAAGUUUCGCAAUUUGUUCAUUGCAACUGCUUAUGACUGUGCGUUCUUCCCACAUGAGUUCAACUGUUUCAACAUCUCGAGGAAUAUUUUCACCAACAACGGUUGGCACGUUUGAAUCCCCAGAAAGUGGGGCGACUGGCUCCUUUAACCAGCUUGAACCAGAGAUGAGUGACCAUGAUGAAACAGAUUUACUUUCAGUAUCUUGGAAUCAAGAUUAUGGUUGCUUUGCUGCUGGGACAAGCUGUGGUUUUCGUAUAUAUAACUGUGACCCUUUCAAGGAGACUUUCAGACGUGACUUGAAAAGUGGUGGAUUUAAAAUUGUUGAGAUGCUAUUUCGUUGCAACAUUCUUGCACUUGUUGGUGGAGGAGCCAAUUCCCAGUAUCCGCCAAAUAAAGUUAUAAUUUGGGAUGAUCAUCAGAGCCGCUGUAUUGGUGAAUUUGCAUUUAGGUCUGAGGUUCGUGCAGUGAAACUAAGGCGGGAUCGAAUUGUUGUUGUUCUUGAGCAUAAAAUAUAUGUUUACAACUUUAUGGAUCUGAAGCUGCUUCACCAGAUUGAGACUCUAGCAAAUCCGAGGGGCUUAUGCUGCCUUUCACAUCAUUCAAAUACAUCUGUGCUGGCUUGCCCAGGCCUUCAACGAGGACACGUUCGAAUUGAACACUUUGGGCUGAAUAUGACGAAGUUAAUUAAUGCUCAUGAUUCCCACAUUGCCUGCUUGACAUUAACAAUGGAUGGACUACUUCUUGCAACUGCUAGUACAAAGGGCACUUUAAUAAGAAUCUUCAAUACAAUGGACGGGACUCGCUUACAAGAGGUACGGAGAGGUGUUGACAGAGCAGAAAUUUAUAGCAUUGCUCUCUCCCCAAAUGUCCAGUGGUUAGCGACAUCAAGUGAUAAAGGUACUGUACACAUAUUCAGCCUACGAGUUCGCGUUGUAGGGGAGGAUUCAUAUGCCAAUUCAAGUGCUGCUCAGGGGCAACCUCUGGCUCACCAAAAUUCUUCAACUUCCCUUGAUGCUCUUAUUUCUCCAAGCACCGGUGCCAAUCCUGGUUCAUCAUUGUCAUUUAUGAGGGGGGUUUUACCAAAAUAUUUCAGCUCGGAAUGGUCAUUUGCUCAGUUCCACUUACCAGAAGACGCUCAAUUCAUUGCAGCAUUUGGAUCUCAGAACACUGUCAUCAUUGUUGGCAUGGAUGGAAGUUUCUACAGAUGUAGUUUUGAUCCUGUGCAUGGAGGGCAGAUGCUGCAGCAGGAACACAUACGCUUUUUGAAAACAGACAUUAGACCCAGAUAAAGAGCUUAGGCAAUAUAUUAUUCUCGUCCUGUGUAUAUACGAAACCUGAAUGUGUAAAUAUUUUAAUAUGCCGAUGGAAAAAGUUUGCUGUAGUGGCAAGUGCGUUCUUCUA